GCAAAAAGCAUAGCAUAGCACAGCAACCAAACUUCAGUGCCUUCUAGUACUCAUACACUCACCCAUAUAACAUAAUCUUAACCAAACAAACCAAGUUUCACUACAAUUAAAGAACCACCUCACCUGUAAGCUUAACCAAUUCAAGAAACAAAGAUCUCAAAAGGGGUAGAUGGCAAGGAAGAGAAAGGCUACUACUAGUGGUGAAGUAGUGGAAGAGAGAAACCUAGGUGAGGGAACCAUGGCUUGGGAUGAUAUGAUGAAACAAGCUGCAGCACUUGGAGGAGUCCAAAGAGCCAGGAAGAGGUUUGUUGGUGUGAGGCAAAGGCCUUCAGGAAGAUGGGUGGCUGAGAUCAAAGACACCAUUCAGAAGAUAAGAGUGUGGCUAGGAACUUUUGACACUGCUGAAGAAGCUGCAAGAGCCUAUGAUGAAGCUGCAUGCUUGCUUAGAGGUGCCAACACAAGGACAAACUUCUGGCCUUGUUCUCAAUCAUCUUCAAGUCCAGCUCUUUCUUCAAAGAUCACUAAUCUUCUCCUUCAAAGGCUUAAAGAAAGGAACAACAACAACAACAACACUUGCUUCUCUUCCUCUCUCGUCAACCACCCACAAAUGCAACAACAAGUUGACUAUUCUUAUGCAUAUGAAGCAGGAUCAACACAAUUCUCAAUUGAUCAAUUCACUGAUUUCCUCAAUGACCCUGAAGACUACAGCACAAGCAACAAUGACUACAUCAACAACAGUGCACAAAUUGAUUACAUUACUAGCAGCUUUGAGUCAUGUUUGACUGAGAAAGAUGUGGAGACAGAAAUGGAUGUGCAAUACAAAUCCAUCGAUGUGACAACACCACAGACUUCAAGCAAUGACAGCAAUUCAGGAGUGGAAGAAGAGAGAGAGGAGGACAGUGACACUGAUUUGGGAGGCCAAAGCGCUGAUUCGGAUGUCCAUGAUUUUAGGUUUUUGGACAACAUUGCUCCACCUAACUACUAUUCUCCCUUUGAGAUGGCUGAAGAGAUGGAGGAGCCUGUGGAGCCUGAGAACUAUGGUGGUGAUGAGCCUUCAAUGCUUAGAGCUGUCAUGAAGAGAAUGACAUAUGAGAGAAAGUUCUCAGCUUCUCUCUAUGCAUUCAAUGGAAUACCUGAAUGCUUGAAGUUGAAACUGGAAUCAGGAAACAUGAAGAAGGGAAGAGGACUAGCUGAUCAAUUAACCAACCUCAAAAUGGCUUGCAGCAAAAACAAAGUUGAGAAGAAUAACAAGGAGGAGAAAGAGUACAUGGAAACAAUGGAUAGGAAACAUGAAGAACACCAACAAACAUCAACUGACAUGGAUUCAUCUAGUGUUGAUGGGGAACUGUUGCUUUGGAAUUCACUAGAUCUUCCUCCUAUUUGCUUUGUUAACUUGCUAGAAAACGGUUCAUUCAAUUAGCAGUAUCAUUCAUUAUCUGUAACAGUGACACUAUAUUUGUUGAGCACAAUUGUAUUGUAGCAUUAGAUUUUGUAGUACUCAUGAAGUAAUAGCUUCUGAGUUCUGAUAUUUGAAAUGAUUUAUAUUUUCUUAUUUCAUUGAUAAUUCCUGGUACCAAUAAGUAACAUUGAAUUUGAACCUGUAACAGAAACUAGUAUUGAUAUUGAAUUUGAAGUUUUUCUUAU